CAUCCUGCUUGCAAUCCUCGUCGAACUCUGAAACAAAGCUUCUGAUCGGGUGCAAAACAGUAGCAGAAAUCGUCAGUCUAGAAAUGUUGUGUGGGUCAAUUGGUGGUAGUAGACGCAGGAACCUGCUUGAUUUGCCUACAUAGGUUGCUCGCGGAGCUAAUACUGUUUCUUCCAUGGGAGCCAAUGUCAAAGCCUUAACCAACAAGAUCUUUGCGCACCUCAAACUUAACAGCGUCUCCAAAGCAGUUUCCAUCUUGUUUGAAUCUCCAGUCCCCUUCGAUUUCUCUCUAUACGCUUCCCUCUUCAAUCUAUGUGCUUCCAGACGUGCCCUCGUUGAAACCCGUAAAGUCGAGUCUCAUUUAUUGACCUUCAAUCUGACACCACCUAUUUUUUUACUGAACAGGGCGAUAGAAGCUUAUGGCAAAUGUGGGUGUAUGGAUGAUGCAAGGGAACUAUUCGAUGAAAUGCCUCAGAGAGAUGGGGGGUCCUGGAAUGCUUUGAUUUCUGCAUAUGCCCAUAAUGGGUUCGCGGAAGAGGCGUUGGGAGUGUUUUUGGAUAUGAAGAAGGAGGGCCUUUCAUGGAAUGAAAUAAGUUUUGCUAGUGUUAUGGGGUGUUGUGGUUCACUUUUGGAAAUUUAUUUUGCCAAGGGAAUACAUGGACUCAUUGUGAAAUAUGGGUUUUGUGGGAAUGUGAUUAUCGGGAGUUCGAUUGUUGAUGUUUACGGUAAGGGUGGGUUUUUGAGCGAUGCCAGGAGAAUGUUUGAUGAGCUCUGUAACCCAAAUGAGGUUUCUUGGAAUGUGAUUAUUAGGAGGCAUUAUGACAUGGAUGAAGAGAGGAUGGCAGUGCUUUUGUUUUUCGAAAUGAUCAGGAGGAAUGAUGUUAUGCCAUUGAGCUUUACAGUGGCAAACUGCCUUCGUGCUUGCUCAAAGGUUUCUGCUAUCAAUGAGGGAAUGCAGGUUCAUGGUUUUGCAGUCAAAACAAAUCUUGUAGACAGUUUGGUAGUUUCAGGAUCUCUCAUUGACAUGUAUGCAAAACACGGAGACCUAGAGAGCGCUCAAAGUGUCUUUAACCUUCCAAAAGCUCAAGAUUUGAUCAACUGGACUUCGAUUGUGACAGCAUAUGCAGCAAAUGGUAGAACUGAAGAAGCAAGGAAGCUCUUCAAUGAGAUGCCUGAGAGGAAUGUGGUUUCUUGGAAUGCUAUGUUGGCUGGCUACACACACUAUUAUAAAUGGGAAGAUGCCUUAGAAUUUGUCCAUCUAACCUGCAAAAACAACAUUGACAUCGAUCAUGUUACAGUCAUGUUGAUUUUGGGCACAUGUGCUGGCCUUUUAGACGUUGAAUUGGGAAAACAGGUUCAUGCUUUUGUCUACAGGCGUCAUUUUAACUCUAAUCUGUUUGUUGGUAAUGCCCUUCUUAACAUGUAUGGGAAAUGUGGAGAUUUGAGAAGUUGCAGAGCUUGGUUUUAUCAAAUGAGUCACUUGCGAGAUGCUGUUUCUUGGAAUUCAAUAUUGACAACUCAUGCACGCCAUAAAAGGAGCGAAGAAGUGAUGAUGGUUAUCUGGAAGAUGCUAGAAGAAACACCACCACAUAAACACACUCUUGCAACUGUUCUAGCUGCUUGUGCAAAUAUCUUUGCACUUAAAUCAAGUAAACAGAUUCAUGGAUUUUUGGUCAGACAUGAUUACGAUAUGGACAUUGUUAUAAAUGGAGCCUUGAUUGAUGCUUACUCCAAAUGCCGUUGUCUCAAUUAUGCACUCGUGGUUUUCAAAGCAACUGCUUCAAGGGAUCUGAUUCUUUAUAACUCGAUGAUAUUGGGAUGUUGUCACAAUCAAAGGGGUGACAUUGCUCUUGAGAUUUUUGAGAUGCUGAAGCGUGAAGGUUUGAAACCAGAUAAUAUUACAUUUCAAGGAGUUUUGCUUGCUGCUAUCUGUGAGGGUCGUGUCGAACUGGGUAGGCAAUAUUUUGAUGCAAUGAUUAGCAAAUACUGUGUUAUACCGCUGUUGGAGCAUUAUGAGUCCAUGAUUGAACUCUAUUGUAGGUAUGGGUUCAUGGGUGAACUUGAGAAGUUUGUUAAGGAAAUGCCAUUUGAACCAACUGCAGCAAUGUUGAUUAGAGUUUUUGAUGCCUGCCAUGAUUAUAGAUGUCAGCUGUUGGGAAAAUGGACAGCUGAUCGGCUUAAUGAAUUGAACCCAUCAGUCCCCUUCCGAUUCGAACUCAUGUAGGAGAAUAACCACAUAAUGGUGAGUGCCAUUGGAAGUAGUUUGAACAAAGCAGAAGUGAAGGGAAAUCAAGAAUUGAAGUUAUUGAUAGUGGUUAUAGACCAGAUCCAUUUGGAUGAAUAAUUUGUUGAAGAAGACUUGAAAUGAUAUUUGAUGGAGGUCAUUGGGACAUAAUUGAAGGGAAGAAAAGCAAAUGGGAUCAAAUUCAAGGGAUCCCAGAGACUCAUUAACUCAUAUUUGAAUGAUUGUGGGAUAUGGACAGGUUGAAAAAUUCUAU